AUGUUUCGGCGGGCGGUUUUGAGAUCGCUCCGGCCCAAGUAUAGCCAGCUGCGGCCGUCCUUUUUCACGAAUUCGAGGCGUGCGUUCACCAAUGCGCCCCCUACGCACUUUCAGAAACGCCGCUGGCCCCGGCUCCUCGGAGUGACCCUAGUAUUGGCUGGUUCCUACAUUGGUUGGAAAUGGUAUACCCACCAUAACUAUCCUCUUGAAGUAGCUCAAAAGCUAAAGGAAGGGCUCAUGGCAGAGCUUAAUGGAUCGGGUUAUCGACAGCCAGAUAACAAAAAGGCUUUGAUGUUCUAUAUUGAGGCGCUACAUAUUGCAGACAAGCUGGAGAUGAGCCCUCUCAGCGACGAGUAUACUGGUAUUCAGUUCAAAAUUGCUGAUAUGUAUGCCCGUUUGGGGUACUUUGACGAGGCUAUGUGGAUGUAUACCGAGGUUUGCGGUGUUUAUCUCUCUGCAUUAGAGAGAAAUGCCUUUGAGGCGCAAUCCCGAGAUCAUGCAAUCAAAAGAGUUUUGAUGAUCGCAACAACUAUGGCUUUGUACAUGGAAGAUCGGCCUCAGAUUGCUCGCCUGUCGCUAUUGCCAUCACUGGUUGCGGCAGAGAAGGAGCUUGCUCGCAAUCAUCCAGAAAUUGUUGAAGCUUUCAAAGGAAAACCGUCAGAUCCCUCGUUGGUGUUCCAACAAUUCAAAGAUGGGCUGGCUCCAAACAACUCUUUAACAGGUUACUGGCCCCAAUUCCGUGACCAACUGUUCGCGCUUCGUGAAGUCUAUACUGCCUCGUCGAUUGCUGUUGGCGACUACUAUAAUGCACUACUCACCAAGCUGCGGACAACGGAGCUUCAACUAACGUCGGGUGCCGAUGUUGGUGAUAUGCUUUUGAGCACGACAAACAUUGCUUCUUUGUUGUAUUUGCAGGGUUCGUUCGAACAAGUGACCACGAAAGAUAUGAAAGAAAGUGGCGAGAACCCAUCUGAAGACACUAUAAUUGACCGUAAGACUGACCUGGAAAGUAUGAAUGCAGGCAAUGGCCCUGCUUUGCCGUCCAAGGAAAAGCUGUACCAUCCAGUUCCCGCUUGCUUGGUUGCUGAUCCCGCUUGCACUGGACCAGAUGCAUACUUUGCUGCCGCCCGAGCCCAAUACCAAUUCGUUCUUGAUCGCAUUUCAAAGUUAGGUAUUUGGCAGCGGAGAGGUCCGUUCGUUUCAGAAGCUCAGGCAAUAGCUACGUAUGGGCUCGGCGUCGUCGCGUGUCACUACGGCGAGUGGGCCAAGGCUGAAGAAUACCUACGUGAGGCUCGUCUGCGGGCUCGUGGUCUUGAAGUUGAGUCACUCAUGGAGUCAGCUCAAUCAGAACUCAGUAAGAUUGAGAAAUUAAAGACACUCCCCAAAGACAGUCCUGAGUUGGCGGAGCUGCAGCUUCCAGAUCUGCAGAUCAUGUUUUGGAAACUGGACCCUGCAGAGUGGGCAGGUAAAGACCAGAUUGAAUUAGAUGUUUAG